ACGAACCAAUCAAAAGCCAAGGACGGAAAUCACUUCCUGUUUUUAGCUUAGCCCUCGACAGACUCAUUCAUUGAUUACAAUCAUGAGUGUUUUCAGUGGAUGUAGGAAACUGGCGUCGUCUGUGUUUAAAAGAAGCGUUUUACUGGAACAAAGUGGUGUUUGUAGACACGUCUUCAGAGAACCGCGUCACAGUCUGUGUUUGACCAGACGUUUCACACCGAGUUCAGCCUCGCGUCAGCUGCGACCUCAUGUUUUCACCUGUCAACUGAACACGAGAUGUUAUUCAGAGGUGAAGAGUCAAAACAGUGAUUCAGAGAAGGACCCCGAGGUUUCUGCAGAGGAAUCACACGAGAGUCACGGUGACAGCAGAGCCCCGGGACCCUCAGACACGUUCACUCUUGAUGUGCUGGUGUCUCUGCUGCGUCAGGAAAAUGCAGCGGACAUCUGUGUGAUUAAAGUUCCAGACGAGAUCAAAUACGCCGAGUACUUCAUUGUCGUCACUGGAACAUCCCAGAGGCACCUCCGGGCAAUGGCACUUUAUGCCAUCAAAGUGUACAAGUUCCUGAAGAAAGAUGGUGAUCCGAAUGUGAAGACAGAAGGGAAGGAUGCAGAGGACUGGAUGUGUAUUGACUUUGGUAAUAUGGUUGUUCACCUCAUGCUGCCAGAGGCCAGAGACGUGUACGAACUAGAGAAACUCUGGACACUCCGCCACUAUGAUGAACAGCUGAUGAAGAUCCCUGUUGAGAAGCUUCCAGAAGACUUCAUCUAUGAUGUUGACAUCAAGUGACAACACAAGAAAUCAUAGAUUCAUAUACUUUCAUUAUAAUGUUGGGAUUAUUGUUUCCCCAUCUCUGUGGUAUUUAUUGACAUCUUAAAUAACUUUGGACAAUGAAACACAUUUUGCAUGAAUUGAUCUCUAAUGCAUCAGCUUUACUGUCGAGUCACUACCCCAGCACAUUGAUUAAUUGGUUUCUAUUUUUCAUAUUAGGUCAUCAUAUGGAAUUUGUAUUAAAUGGUGUUUCAUAGGUUUCAUAUUUGUUGAGACUGCUGAAGAGAAAAUGGUUUAACAUGUUGAUGGAAAAAAUAAAUUAUUUUUAUACUA